AUGCGUCUAACAGCAUGUUUGUUGUUGUGUUUGGUGGUAGUGAAGUGUGAUGACGGUCAAACGGUCUCGAGCCCGUUGGCAGGAUUUUUGCAGACGGUUGUCGACGCCUUUCCGGUCCUCUGCGAUGUCUUCUUCAGUGUUUUUGGAGAAGUGAACGAGAUCGCAUUCCAAACAGCGCUAUCGGCGGCGCUCAGACUGGUGGACUUGGCCUUCCCGGCGAAGCCUCCGCCCCGCGUCCCUGAACCCUGGUGGGGAGACCAAGCUAAACAUGAUACCAGCAUUAGAAGAUUCACCGUGCACUUUUCUGACGAGAUGAUAGCAGACCUACGGUACCGCAUCCACAACCGGCGGAACCUGACGCAGCCUCUCCACAACGCCGGCAACACCUAUGGCACCCACGCUGGGUACCUCGCGCACUUCCUCGACUACUGGACUGACGGGUACGACUUCGGGGCGAGGGAGGAGUGGCUGAACAGCUUCCCGCAGAGCAUUACGAAUAUUCAGGGUAAUGUCAUCUUGUUAAUCUCCUCACCCAUCCUCUCUACGGCUCCCACGCUGGGACUAGACAUCCACUUCAUCCACGCGAAAGCUCCCAACCCUCACCGGAAGAAGGUACUGCCACUGCUGAUGCUGCACGGCUUUCCAGUCACCGCCUUCGAGUUUGUCUACGUCAUCCAAGACCUGAUGGAAGAGAGAGACGACUGUGACUUUGUGUUUGAGAUGAUCGUUCCACACUUGCCGGGAUAUGGGUAUUCAGAGGCGACAUACAAGAUCGGUAUGGCUCCGUACCAAAUGGGCAUCAUAAUGAAGAAUCUGAUGCUGCGCUUGGGCAAGCCGCAGUUCUACAUCCACGCCGGGGACGUGGGCCAGGCCGUUGGAGACGCGGUCGCUGUUCUCUUCCCCGAAAGAGUGCUGGGGCUGCAUACUAACUUCCCGUUCAGGUAUGGAUAAAUACCUGUGAACUCAUUCAUGAUUGGCUAGGUAAAUAGACCAGUCAGAAAAGUGGAAGGCUAAAGAUCGCAGGGCCUCCCACCAACUAGAUGGUCCGACCAAGUUAAGAAGGCCACCUCAGGCAAACUCCACCAAGCGGUGAGGACUAUGGGAGAUCGAGAAUGACGGAGACAAAUCAUAGGAGCUGCAAAACCAAGUGAUCACGAUCCUCAGUAAUGAGGGACCGACAA